CGUUUGCGUCAUCGCUCUUUUCCAGCGGUUUUCCAGCGCUGCAUUUGUUUUGUUCCUGGCCUGUCAUUGACGAGUGUGGUGAAGAAAAUUCUAUUUCUCCAAAAGGAUUGCACACUAAUUUGGUCAUGUCCCUGAAAUCGCAAGACGAUAUUCCGCUCGCCGACGACGAUCUGGAAGUCAUCAUUAACGACGACGAGAGCUCCAAGUACAUGUGCAAUGGACGAUCGCUGGACUCUAUUGCGAGCUCGUACACAAACGGCAACUCGAGCCCGCAACAGUUCCUCGACAACGAGAGUCCGGAUGCGGACGAGCAGGAGGAAAAGGCACGCCUGAUUGCGCAGGUACUCGAGCUACAGAACACGCUGGAUGAUCUGUCGCAGCGCGUCGACAGCGUCAAGGAGGAAAAUCUCAAGCUGCGCUCCGAGAACCAGGUGCUCGGACAGUACAUCGAGAAUCUGAUGUCCGCCUCGUCCGUGUUUCAGUCAACUACGCCCAACAACGUGCAAAAGAAAAAGUAAUACUCACGAUCUGUUACCGUUCGCUUCGUAUGCUGUUGCGCAGGCUGAAGAGCUUUGAAGCCAAAGAUAUUCCACGCUGCCGCGCUGCUACUACUGUAGUCGUUGUUGAACCAACGUAAAGACACAUACUCGUGAUCGCUGGCAUGUUCGUUGUUCUAGAGAGGCAAAGGAUCGACACGUACGCUUCGAUGACUUGGCCAGCGAAAGGCUAGGCAUAAAGACACACACCAUAGACUGUUGUUAGGUCGAACUUUUCUCCUUCAGUGCGUAACAUGGUUGCGUAUACACGUAUUCUAUCCUCAGCAUUCAGUUCUUCGUCGUUAGCCUGCAGUUGACCCAAACGGCCUUACACUGUAUGAUACUCACGCUGUGGUUUCAGUUCGCCCGGUCGCCCUCUAGUCCAGCGGUGAAAGUUUCUUAAUUUUAAGUCACUCAUAGUUCGUUCUGCAAUAUAUAUCCCCAUCCAACUAGCAAAUUAACUUUAAGAGACGAAACUUUGUAAGUUAUACCGCUUUUUAUGUAACCGCUUUUGGUUUAUCAGUUUUUAUUCUGUUCCUAAUAAAUCGCUUUUAUGUACACGUAAGCAAGCA